AAAUAUCACUACUCCAGAUAAGUUUUACAGCUAGUAAGACAGACCAAAAGAGUAAUGUUGAACAGAUCAUUUAGACUAUUGAAACAUAGUAAUAGGACCACAGUUGGUAGGCUAACCCGAGGUUUGACAACUUUGGUUCUGAAGGAUGCUGACAAAAUUUCAGUGUCGGAAUUACAAUCAGCCAUUAAAAGAUUAGAGAAUGACCUUGAUUUAGACUAUUUCGACACUCGACUUUCACUUAUUUCCAAGAUCAAUAAAUCAUCAAAUGCAGAGAAACAACUACUCUUAAAUGAGUUAAUACCUAGUUACAGGUUCUUUUUCAUUAUGCUGCCUGAACAUAGAAAGGAAGUUAUUACUACCAAUGAAAUUUUAAAUAGAUUGAUCGAGAUAAAUCCAGGAAGAGUUCACACUUCUUGGGAACUAUUCAAAGAAUGGAAGGAUAACGUAAGUGGAGGAAUUAGUACUGAAGUUGUUAAUCAAAUAUUGGAAAAGUUGAUUUAUGGAGAUUCAAGUGAAACUGAUGGAGAGAAAUAUGUUAUAUCCUACUCACAGUUUCAAAAGAUUGACCAGGUUUUGAAAAAUCAUGUUCAGAGUUUUGAUGAAGUUGAAAUUAAGAUUAACAAUUUAUUUGAGAAGUUGAUAGAAGACAAUAAACUAUUAUACAUCAAUAUUUUAAUAGAAAACUUUGGUGAAAAGUUACUUACUCCAGCUGUACUCCAGAAGAUUCUCGACAAGGACUUUGUUACAGAUACUCCAUAUCUCACCAUAUUUCUGAGUGUUUUUGAGAAGAAUCCUUCUUUAUUAUCCAAACAGCAACUCGUCGAAGCUUUGAAUAUCCUCGAACGUCGUUCCUCAUCUUAUUUCCAAGAACAAAGGGACAACCUAGAUAAACAACACAAACAUGACAAUAUUACAACAGCACUAACUCAUUUUAGUCCAGACCAAUUACUUGAACUGAUCGUACAAUUCGUUGAAGAAAAUGGGUUGGACUUAGAUAAAAGCCCUGAAAGUUUGUUGAUAAGAAUGAAGUUAAUCGAAACAUAUGGAAUAAAACUAAACAAUCUCGAUACAGCACUUAAAAAAUUCCAUACAUAUCAAACCCAUGAGAAAUUUGGAAUUGAAUUCGUUCAAAUUAAUCUUGUAAAAUCCUUUGCUGUACAAAGUUUCAAAGAGGAGAACGAGUCAUUUCUCAAAAUAGCUGAAACCCUUAUUCCUCAGGAUCAAGAUCAAAUAGCAAUUAAAAUGUUGCAAAUGCUUAUUGUGGGCCACAGUAACUUCAAUGAUGCCGAAACCAGCUUAAAAAUAUAUAAUGACUACAUUCAAAAAGUUUCUAAGGAUGUAAAUGAAUAUUCGAAGAGGUCUGCCGCCGGUCAAUUGACUGAGGCAUUGUUAAUUGCAAAUCUUUAUAAUAAUGAUCGUAACUUUGCCCAAUUAUUACUUGAUAAAGCCAUAGAGAAUAAUAUAUUACACGAUGAGUAUGAAAUUACUCAGAUUAAGCAAUGGUUAAAGAAAUACGGUGAAUCAUUUGUCGAAAAUGAUGACUGGCAAGCCGCCAAACCUAACUUUAAGAGUCAUGUUUUGAAUUUCUUACAACAAUUAUAGUUAUAGACAGACACAAUUCAAUGUACAUAGUUUUUAAUAGCUGCAAAUUAACCCCAUGUAUAGACAAAUAUAGCUUAGUUAUGCUGGUAUUUACAUGCAGUAUUUAGCCGCCACUAUGAGCACUUGACUAAUCUCAAUUGGGAUCGUUUGCCGCAACUGUGAAAUUACAAGCUGAGUCACAAAAUUAUCCGCACUAAUCACUGAGUGCAGGAUCUUGUAGCUGGAUAUUUUGCAACUUUUGGUGUAUAAAUAUAAAGUGAAGUUUUCAAGUUUAAUUGAUUCGGACUUUUUACAU